AUGCACAAAGUUGUAUUAGAGGUCCCAAAUGAGGAGUCACUUAGAAAAGUUGCUGAAAAAUUGAAACAUAACCAUAUAGAUCAUAAACUGUGGAUUGAACAGCCUGAAGACAUACCCACAUGUUUGGCCCUUAAGCCCUAUCCGAAAGAAGAAGUGAAAAAAUAUGUAGGGAAAUUUAAAUUAUACAAAACAACUUUAGUA